AUGAAGUUGCUCAACACUGUUCUCAGAGAAAUCCUUCUGUUUCUCGAAUUCAAAGACAUUGUCAAUUCCAACUUGGCCUUUGUCAACAAACAGUUCUUCCACAACAUCGUGCAAGACACAGAGUUGCUCAGGAGGAUGCUUGACAUCGCAAUUCCGCUAGUGAAGGAUUAUGCCAGACAAGAGCAGUACUACGCUUCAGUCACUUCGGAGAUACUGAGACUGAAGCAUCAGCAUCUCAUGUGAGAUGAAGAAUUCAAAGAGCCAGAAAUACAACUUCAAAGAUUGUACGAAUACUCUAUUAAAGAUCUGGCUUCAUUUUUGCAUCUGAUGACCAAACAAGAAUUCAAGAUGCCACUUGUGUGCACCACCAGAUCGAGUGGAGGAGCUGAAACAUCUAGCGAGCAAUGAAUUUCAGCUUUCUUAGAUUUAGGCACAGUUUAUUACUCGGCAAAAGAAUCCAAGUUUACAAAUGGAGUUCUUUGAGUGACCGGAAUAUUCUUGGAAGAAAAUGCAGCAAAUGAGGCCGAAGCCAAACAACUGUUAGACAGAGUUAUCCAGAUCCAAUCUGAAAUUGGGCAUCCUUCGAUCGAAGAAGAAAAAGAAGAUUAUUCAAGAAUAAAAAAUCUUUUGAAAUAUGGGGAUUGCACCAUCGAAGAAAUCCAGGGAGCAACAGAGCCUUCUAAGAUUUACACGAACAAGUAUCGGAACAGACUUGUGUAUAACGUCCAGGACCAAAAUUACCAGGAAGAGAAUACCAAUAUUGAGCAUGAUGUAUUAGUACAUAAGGAACUUAUGAAGGAUAAGUUGUUCUGUUGGAAUGAGGUUCAUGUGUCGAAGAUUAGAGAAUCAGCAACAUGUCCUAUUCGGGCUUUGGUGGUCUUUACUCAUGAUUAUCCCAUCAGAGCUGAAGAACAUCCGCUGGUUCACAUUGUAAAGGAUAUGUAUAAAAGUAGUAAAGUGGAAUUGUCUCUAAAUCCAAUUAUACCAGAUGAGGAUAACUUUGGUUCUGAUGAAGAUAUGAAAUUCAUGAUUGAUGAUCCAGAAAACUUAAAGGAUAAAUUUACUUCGAAUAGCGAGUCUGGGCUAAAUCCAAGGAUUAUUAAUGCUCAAGAUCAUAUGUUAGAGUUUGAUCAGAAUUUUUAUUCAUCAAAAUUCAAUAGCACAAGUCAAGACUCACCAAUGAAUAUCGAGACUCUAGAGAAAGCUAUUUCAGAGAUAGACUCAGACGGAAAGUAUAUGGAGAUGCUCAAUAAGCUCAAAUCAAAGGAUGACUUCUUCAGAAUUAGAUUGGCAGCCAUUGCUUUUGGUUUAAAUACUCACUACCACUCUUACACAUUCCAAAUGAAGGAGAUAAAAACUGGGAGAUUUGUCACAAUUCUAGGUCUUGAACAAACGGUUUCAGAACAGUUCCUAGGAGUCAACAUGGAUAUUGGAGGAAUUUUAUUCACUGGAAACUUUCUUCCAAACCUAGUCAAGCCAUUACCAUAACUCUUCUGAUAUUC